GGUACGUUUGGUAGAGUGUAAUAGAAAUUGUAAUGUAAUAACUAUUCCUAUGAUUUAGCUUUACAGUUGUUUGGUUAUGUUUUUAUUACCUGUAAUAAUCAUUCCAUAUGAAUCUCUAUUCCUUAAAAUGAGGAAUAGACAUUCCUUAUUAAAAGUGCUGAAUCUCUAUUCCCUUGCUAAACGUAAUACGCUCUGCUUAAACAUAAUUCCCAAAAUUCCCAAAAUCCCCCUUUACCCGCCUUCUCCAAAAAUUUCUUUCUUCUUGCUCUGAACAAAAAUCCCAAAAUCCCUCACUACCUAUAUUUUCUCCAAAACUUCUCCUUGCUCUGUUAACAAAAUUUCCAAAAUCCCUCACUACCUGCAUCUUCUCCAAAAUUUCAUCUCCUUCCUAAAUUUUCCAUCUCCCUCCUCUCUAAAAUUUUAUUUUCCCGUUGCUAGAGAUCUAUUUAUAUGGGUAUUGUCUUUCUUUCACCCUCAGUUGCUGCUCCCUCUUCUCAAGGAAAUUUUUUUUCCUUCUUCCCUUAGGUCUGCGAUUUCCACAGGAUUUUUUUUCUGCCCAUAGAUCUGCAAUUUCUACAGUAUUUGGAGAGAAAUGGAAACGACUGUACUUGAUUCUCAAGAUCCUUCUAAACGAAAGUGGACUCCUGCUGAAGAUAUAAAGUUAGUGGAGGCUUUGGUAGAAUAUCACCAUGAAAGAGAAGGUAGCCCUGAAAAUAAGUUUAAACCCGGAUAUUUGAAAAUCUUGGAAGGAAAGAUUUCUACCAAAUUACCUAAUGCUGGCUUAAGAGCAAAACCACAUAUUGAGUCAAGAUUGAGGACUUUGAAAAGAGAAUUUCAAGUUAUUCAUGAAAUGUUGACUGGGCCUAACACAAGUGGGUUUGGAUGGGACACUGUGAGGAAGUGUGUUACUGCUGAAAAUGAUGUAUGGGAUGCAUAUGUGCAGAGUCAUAAGGGGGCAAUCGCUUGUAGAAACAAGUCAUUUCCACACUAUGAAGACCUUUGCAUUGUGUAUGCAAAAGACCAUGCUACUGGUAAAGAUGCUCAAGCACCUGCAGAUGUUGUUGAAGAACUAGAAGUAGAGAAAAAUGAUGACAAAUUAGAUGAUAUUCCUGAAGACGUGGACUGCACACAAAUUCCCACCCCUGGCAGUAACAGGGAAGAACAGAAUGCUCGAAAAAAGAAAAGAAAAAUUCAAAGUGGUGAAGAUAAUAUGGUAGAAGCGAUGAAAGAAGUUACAAUCAUUCUUGCUGCCCAGUUAAAGGAUGCAUCAGAUAACCUUAGCAAGGCAGUCAUUGGAGUAGUAGCAGCUGAAAGUAGGUCCAAAAUCAAUGAUGAAUUACUAAAACUACUUGGCCUUACAACUAAGGAGCGUCACAAGGCAACUAAAUUGAUUGCUUGUCAACAUGAACUAAUAGAUGUUUUCUUGAGCAUGCUGGAUGCUGAGAAGGAAGAAUGGGUGAAAGGCCUUAUUAAUGGUGACUUUUGAGUGGCUUACAAAGGUUGGAAAAUUCAAUUUGCAUUUAUGCUUCUUUUUUAUCCCACUUGAACACGGGGCUCCUAAGAAUUUUGGAUGAUUGUGAUGUUUUUUUAAAAAAAA